UAUGGGGGGCGGAGGGCUUGAGAAGGAAAGUACCGACUGAACGGAGGAAAAUGUGCGGUGGAGCGAUUAUUUCCGAUUUUAUCCCGGCUAAUCGUGGCCGUCGGACUCCAAAUUCCAGCGAUAUAUGGUCGGAUUUCAACCGCUUUCUCACCGAUAAUGGCUUUGGCACGUUCUAUGAUGAUGAAGACCACGGCAUCAAUGGCUCUGAUUCAUCGGAUGACAUCGCUUCCUUUCGUCAAUCAGGCUCCUUCAUUGGUUUUUCGGGCCUUUCUAAAAAGCCCAUGCCCAAAAAACCAGCAAAAACCCCCACAAAAACCCGAAAAACCUCAUACCGAGGGAUCCGCCGCCGUCCAUGGGGCAAAUGGGCGGCCGAGAUUCGGGAUCCAAGGAAAGGCGUGAGAGUGUGGCUGGGGACUUAUAGCACGGCUGAGGAAGCCGCCAUGGCUUAUGAUGAAGCUGCCAAAAGGAUAAGAGGGAAAAAAGCCAAGCUCAAUUUUCCGGCCGAAUCCAAGUUCCCGGCGAAGUUUCCGGCCAAACCCAACUUCCCGGCUAGCCUCCCGGCGUUAGAUAAUCCAAAGGUUGAGACCCAACUUGAGGGUGGGGUUUCAAUGGAAUCGGCGGCUCCACAGCCGUCGGAUACCCUCGUGGAUGGAUGUGAUAUUUUUGGGUUGAAUGCGCACGUGGGGAUGGAGGGGGAGCUUGCACAUGCACUGGGAUCUGGGCCGUUCGUGGAUGAGAUGCACGGUGGGAUGGAUCUGUGGACGUUUGACGAUUUUGGCAUUAUGUGAUUAGAAAUAAUUGACAUUUUGUUGGAUAUUUGGAGUCUCUUGAAGUUUUGGGGUUGCACUAUGAUGUUUUCAGAGUUGGGGAGGUGUAUAAAUAGAUCUCUUUAUAUAUAGGGUAUAUAUUCUAUUUAUACAGUAUUAUAAAUACACACCAACUAAUCAAUACUUAGGUGGUAGGUAUGUUUAUUUGAUGCUCUCUCUCUCUUAACUACUAAUCCUUUUGGAGUGCAUUUGAUGUAGCUAUCUAUCUAUCUCUCUUGUGAUAAUAAUAUGUGCUCUCUUUUUUUUAA